AUGGGGUCCUCACGCAAGUUCUUCCCGGCUGUCGUCAUCCUACUGCUGCUCGUUGUCAUGGCCACUGAGGUGGCGCCAGCGCUGGCAAGGAACUGCGAGGCGAAGAGCACCAAGUUCCAGGGGAUAUGCCUGACGGAUAAUGAAAACUGCGCCAGCAUGUGCCGGAGUGAGGGUUUCUCCAGCGGUGACUGCAGCCCCUUCCGGCGCCGCUGCAUCUGCACGAAGCCAUGCUAG